GCCCCGCAGUUUCAUUUCAGCCGUCGUUGAAGCAAGUACGCACGCGUUAAAAUGAGUGAGCUCACCACGAAAAAAAAAGUAUAUCUUAUUGAGUGCUUUUUCUCGAGGGGAAAAAUUCAUAGUAAUGCAUAUAGAGGGUUCCGUACUAAGUUUGGAACCCAUAGAGUUGCCAGCGAAAACACUCUGAAAAGAAUAAUCGAUAACGUCGUGAAGUAUGGUACACUCCAGGACCGUAGACACGAGUUGCCAGGCCCAUCUGUUACGGUGACUACACCAGAGAAGAUCAACGAAGUUGAGAAUUAUUUCAAACAAAAUCCAAAUGAUUCGAUUCGAAAAGCUGCUCAAGCAUUAAAAAUAACCGAAUCAUCAUUACACAACAUUUUGAAAUAUUUUUUAAAGUUUCAUCCGUAUAAAAUAAGCACUCAUCAAUUGUUAACUGAACAUGACAUGACGAAACGUAAACAAACAAAAUUAUCGGUUUUGGGGAACGGAAAAUCUCAACAUAUCGCUAGCGAAGUCCCUUCAUCCACAGAAAGUAACGGCAUGGGCAGCGAUUUCAGUAAAAAGGAUUUAUUUGCAAUUCUUUGAAUCUACAGUAACAGGAGAGAGUUACAAACAGCUUUUGGAAACGAAAUUCUUCCCUUAUGCAAAAAAGAGGGGAUUGGUUAAAAAUUUUUACUUCAUGCGAGAUGGAGCGACGCCGCACCGGACUGAUGAGAUGAUCAACGGAACAAAGAAAAACAUAGACAAAUCUAACGUAAAGUUAUUCAGUGAAGUGACAUUACUUUUCAAUAUAUUUGUACUGUUCCAUUAACAUCUAUUGUCAACAUUGUUGAUCUCAGUUAAUCGUAAUAUGACGCAGUAGACGCAUAUCAAAGGUUGCAUUAGAAAGGUGUCGUUUGUGUUGGAUAUAAUGAACAAGUAGUUUUCGUGAUAUUGAAAAUUAUUAGUUAGUGUAAUCGAGAUGUCAGCAGAUUCACCGAGAAGGAGACUUCAAAAAGGUGUUCAAGUUGUUUUACCUCAACCUGUAAAUGAUCGUUCAAUAAUUGACAGUGUAGCUGGUAUUAUCAAUGAUAUUGUUCCACAAGCCUAUGCUAGUACACCUGCAGCAGAUAAUAAGGAAUCCAUAACAUGGGCUCGUUUCGAAUAUGCUGACAUCAAUGAUCCAUCAUUUUUUCCUGAUCAUGUAGAAGGGUCUAGUGCUCCUCCAUUACUUCUAGUGUUAGGAUAUACCUCUGGAGUGCAGGCUUGGUUAGUUGCUGCAUCUGGAGAAGCAACUGAAAUUUUAUCAUGGCGACAAGGUGUUGUUCGUACCUUAAGAAUAUUGCCAAAUCCAAAAACUGGUGAUGAUAAUUCUGAUGCGUACGAACAAAAACGACCUGUUAUUGCUAUAUGUGAUUCAUCUGGACCAGGACCACAAUUUUGUAGUGUCAAUUUUGUUUCGUUAAGAACUGGAGAACAGCUCAAAAGCAUUAAAUUUAAAAAUCCAGUAUGUGAUAUUUUGGCCAAUAGAAGAUCCAUUGCAGUUACAUUUUCAGAGAAAAUAGCAAUUUUUGAUGCUAGAACUUUUGAAGAUGCCCUGACAAUAACCACAUGCUAUCCAUGUCCAGGUCCUAAUCCUAACCCAGUUGCUUUGGGAACCAGAUGGUUUGCGUAUAGUGAAAAAAAGCUAGUCCCAUCUCGAAGGAGUAGUGGAGGAAGUGAAGGUGAAGGUGUACAAAGUUAUACAGCUGCAGUUUUGUAUGCAGCUAAAUCAUUAGGUAAAGGUUUACGAGGUUUAGGAGAAACUGUGGCUUCAAGUCUUACCGGAAAUUCAAUUACUCCAAUGACAUUCAAUAAUCCAGUUGGUGACGUUUCACAACCCGGGGUAGUGACAAUUCUUGAUCUUCAUGUAACAAAACAAGAAAAAGAUCUUGAUGAUUCACCUACUGAAACUAUUGUAGCCCAUUUUACUGCCCAUAAUGAUGCAAUAGUUGCUAUGACUUUUGAUAAAACUGGAGCAAUUUUGAUGACAGCUGAUAGAAGAGGGCAUGAUUUUCAUAUUUUCAAAAUACAACCCCAUCCUGGUGGUCCCACUCUAACUGCAGUUCAUCAUCUGUAUGUUUUGCAUCGGGGUGAUACGACAGCUAAAGUUCAAGAUAUGGUUUUUUCGAAUGAUACUCGAUGGGCAGCUAUAGCAACGGUUCGUGGAACAACUCAUGUUUUUCCAGUAGCUCCAUAUGGAGGAUCGGUUGGCAUGAGAACACAUUCCACACCUCACGUAGUCAAUAAACUUUCAAGAUUUCAUAAAAGUGCGGGUUUAACAGAUGAUGGUACUAGAUCACAUUCUCCUGUAUCUCACAGUGAAGUACCUCUAUGUGUUUAUCCAUAUUCAAAUCCAAGACUCCCACCGUAUCCUCAUCCUACAAUUCUUCAUCCACUAGCACAAAUUCGUCAACCGUCAUCAUUAAAUCAUGCCAAUAAUCAAAGUCAACCCAGACCACAACAAAGACAACGUCUUCAUUCUGAAGAUAAUGGUAUGCUGCCGUUGAAAAUUUGUGCUUGUUUUGCUGCACCAAGAGCAUGGAUAUAUUCACAACGUGAUCUUAUAAAUAAAAAUAUGAAAAGAGUGACGGAAUCAUUAUUUAUCAUGUCCUGUGAUGGCAAUAUGAUUCAGUAUGAUUUAGAACCAAAACCAGCUACAGGAGUUCCUAAGGAAAAAGUGUGUGAUGAUACUAUGAUAGAACUUGAAAUUGAAGCAAAAGGUCAAUGGUCCUUAUUACGAGCAUCACAUUCUCCAGAAAUGACUCCUCCCCUUUUAUUAUCAAAUCCGCUGUUGUGUCAUCCUGGGGUACCAAGAAGUAUUCAGCACAUAGAUUGUGCUGAAGAUCGUUGGUUGAGUCAAGUAGAAAUUUUAACUCAUGCUGGACCACAUCGUCGACUAUGGAUGGGCCCGCAAUUUAUAUUCAAAACAUAUAAUACGCAUAGUGGGUCAAAUACUGCAGAGUCGGAAGCUAUUGAAAUUGGAGUUAUUGGUGGUUCUCGACCCGCGAGAUCGAAUCCAGUGAAUAUGCCUCAGCCUGCUGCGCGAUCUUUAGUACCUGUUGUGAUUGAUGGAUCUGGAAGUAGUUAUGAACAAUCGCCAAGAUUUGUGGAGCACUAUGAAGAUGCAGUAGAAAAUGAUACUUCAAAUAUUGGUAAUGGUGAAAAUCAACUACGUGAAGAUCUUGCUGAAGCAAUGCUUGAAACUUCGACAGCUUCUUAUCGAGUGCCAGGGAGACGAUUGGUAGUUGAAAGGGUGGGACAACCGGUAACUAAAGUCGUCAACCCUCUGGGCACCGUAAUAACUGUCUUGGCUGAUGAAGAAGACGCGAGUUCAAAAGAAGAAUAUGAACAAGAAGAACAAGAAUAUAUUCCAGAGGGACUUAAAAGUGUAUGUGCUGAAGAAGGUCCAUCAUCUCUUGGUGAUUUUGAUACUGAAGGAAACCCACUUCGUAAUCUCACUAAAAUUUGUGCUGAAAUAAACACAGCAGAUGAACCUGCGAUAGAUAGUGUUCCAGAUGAAAGUAUUAAAGAAGUAAAAGAACAAAAAACUCUGUGUGUUGAACAGGUUGUCAUGAGUUCUUCUAACACUUCUAUUGAUUUUGAAAAAGAAAAAUCUUUUCAUGAUAUAUCUACAAGUCUUAAUAUUUGUGCUGAAUCAGGUGAAAUUCCUGAUAGUCCUAUGACUCAAGCAAAAGAAACAUGCUGGAAAAGUAAAGAUUUCAAAGAAAGAUCUGAAACACAAGGAAGUUUGACUGAUGCUAAAUAUGUUGUUAGUUACGAUGAAAAACGUGUAGUUUUAAAAGAAAAUAUAUUAGACACUGAUAAUGAAAAACAUCGGCAUUCAGAAGAAUUAAAAAGUCCAACUAAUAGUGAAAACUUGUCCAAAAGGUCAAGCAAAAGUUCUCACAAUUUUCGAGGCAACAAGCGACUUAUAAGUGUUCAAAAAGAUAGACCCAAAUAUUUAUUACGAGAACACGGAGAUAGCAUAGUGAUUGAAGAUAAUUGCACUCCUGUUGAAAAUAAAACCACUGAUUCACAUUUAAAAGAAGAUAAUAAAAGAGCAUUAGUUGAAAAAUUAAAUCUAGAAGAAGAAUCCAAAGCAGCUUGUAGAAAACAAACAACUGCAGUAAUGGUUGUAGAAACUCUAAAAAAUCCAUCUGAUGAACUGAUAAUACCGUUAGUAGAACCAAAGAUUGUUGAUGAAAAGAUAGUAAAAAAUAUUCAUCAAAAUAUAUCAGAACCCAUGGAAGCAGCUACAGCAUGUGGAAUAGCAACACUUCCAUCAAAUUUAUCUGUACCAGCCGAUGACUUGAACUGCGUCGAUUAUCAUGUUAUCGAGCCAAAUAUUUUUCGACUAAAAAAUACAAUGUAUCCUCAUCAAUUUGAUGAUGAUAUGGUUCAUAUUCCUAGUCAUGAAGAUAUUUUAAAAAUUAUUGACGUCAAGAUGGAACAGUGUGAGAAUGAAUAUCUCGAAACGUCUUUCAUACAUCAAAGAAAAAGCAGUAAAAGUACUAUUUCAGAUGAUGACCUUGAACAUAUUCAAACAUCAGAACUGUUUGAUUUGUUUGAAAAAGCUAAAUCACUUCUUGUUGAAAAGAAUGAUAAACCUAAUAUACCAGAAAGUAUUCAAACUCAAGCUAAAUCAUCGACAUCGUCAGACGACGAAUUAGAACAUGUGAAUUCUGAAACUUCUAGUUGCAGUAAUCAGUUAUCACCACCGUUGACCUUAGUACAACCACCAAGUACAGUAGAACAAUCUGUAUCUUCUAAAACAGUAGGUAAAAGUUUGUGGAAAGACGAAAGUAUUAAUAAAUCAUCAAAUAAAUCUAGAACGUCUCGGAAACGUAAAGAUAUUGUAGUGAUUGAUAGUGAGCCUGGAUCACAGCCUGGAAUUUCAGUGAUUGUAAAAGGAUUUGAUAAUGUAGAAAAUUGGAAUAAAAGUAAAAGUCCAGAAAAGGAUUUGAAUGAAGAAAUUGAUCGUUGUAUUGAACCGAAAAAUCAAAUAUUAGCACCAAGUUGUACAUCUAACGCACAAAGUUUACCUAAAAAGACACGGGUGAGGACAUCAAAGAGCUCGACAUCUAAUUUAGUGGAAAUCAUUGAUAUUGAUGCUUUACAAAAAGCAGAAAUGGAAGUUACUAAUAUUUCUCCAAUACCAGAAUGUCAGGUUCUAGAAAUGUGUCCGGCAAUUUCUACGGCUAAAUUGAAAAAAUCUAGACGUAAUAAAGAUACUAGUACUGAAAGUGAUAAUACAAAAAGUGUUUCAACAAAUGUGAAUGAACCAAAAUCUGUAGAUAAAUUACCGAAAUCUGGUGAUUGGACUCUGAAUAUAUCAACACUAGAGUCAACUAGUGAAAUUGAUAAAAAAGCAAAAAAAUUAGAAUCUUGUGGAAAAGUAUUAGAUCCGUUAAAAACCUCACCGACUUCUAAGGAUAAAAUUAUUAAUGAACCUGAAAUGCCGAAAAAUCAGAAAGAAAAAUUCUCACGUUUAUAUUCUACGGAAAUAUCAACUGAGGAUCAUCUCCGAAAUUCUAAAUCUCUAAAAAUUAUAGAGCCUCCUUCAGAAGAUACUUGUCCGGUACCCGAAGAAACAGCUCUUAUUGCAGCUUCUUGCUUGGAAAGUUUGAAACCAACCCAAGAUCCGGAACCUGUUGUCAAUGAAGUAAAUAGUUUGGAUAUUGAGAGUAAAAUUCAUUUGGAUGAAGUGAAAAAUGUGUCUAUUGAAGAAGCUGGUAAAAACUCAGAAGAAAAAGAAAAGCCAAAAAGGUCUAGUUCUUUAGAGAAAUUAAUUCCUCAUGAAAUUCCGAUGGAUACCGAAGAGGAUACUGCUAUGAAAGAUGGUGAUAAAAAUAAUUCAGCAGCUGUUGUCUUACCGACUUGGUCAGCUGUUGCUAAGAAAAACAAUAGAUCCAAAAAGAAAAAACGUAGAUGAGUAGAAAGCUGUGUAGAUAUGCCGAGAGCCAGUCUUGCUCUCUACAUUCUUUUCAUGCAAGUUGCUGGAAUAGAUUAAUUGAAUAGAGUAUUGAAAUCAUAAUGUGUAUAAUUAAUCCUCAAAUGAACUUACCUAAAGCUGAAUUAUAAAAUAAUGAAGAAAAAUUUGUGUUCAAGAC